AUAAAUACUCUAAGUACGCUUACAAUGUUAAGUAAGUCAAUAUUCUUGUGCCUUGCGAUUUCAAUUUUGGAUGGAGCCUCAGCUGCUCCUUCUGCACCACCUGGUCCUCCAUCAAAACCAUCCGAAAUCGCUAGAGAAUGGUGGCGAGAUUCAUUUAUCUAUCAAAUUUACCCUAGAAGCUUCAAAGAUAGCGAUGGUGACGGAGUUGGAGACUUGAAAGGUAUCAUCAGUAAAUUAGAUCAUUUCGUUGACCUAAAUGUAAGUGCAUUUUGGCUCUCACCUAUUUUCAAGAGUCCAAUGGUAGACUUUGGUUACGACAUUGCCAACUUUACGGAAAUUGAUCCAAUUUUCGGUACAAUUGACGAUUUUACUAAAUUGACUGAAGAAGCUCACAAACGUGGCCUUAAAGUUAUCCUCGAUUGGGUUCCAAAUCAUAGCUCUGAUGAACAUCCUUGGUUUGCAAAAAGUGUUAAAAGGAUAAAACCCUAUGAUGAAUAUUACGUCUGGAAGGAUGCUAAAAUAAUCAAUGGUACUCGGCACCCACCAAAUAAUUGGCUAAGCAUCUUUUUAGGAUCCGCUUGGGAAUGGAAUGAAGAACGUAAACAGUACUAUUUACAUCAGUUUGCACCUAAACAACCAGACCUUAAUUUCCGCAGUCCAGCAUUGAGGAAAGAAAUGGAAGAAGCUUUAUUAUUCUGGGUCAAUCGUGGGGCUGAUGGCUAUCGUAUUGACUCAAUAAUAUUUAUGUAUGAAGAUGCACAAUUCAGGGAUGAGCCAGUCAUUCCAAACAGUGGAAAACCAGCAGACGAUCCUGGUAAUCUUCGUCAUAUUUACACACAAGAUUUGAAUGAAACAUACGAUCUUCUUUUAUCAUGGAGAAAAUUAUUGGAUUCUGUUGGUGGAGAAAAACGUAUCAUUAUGUCUGAAGCCUAUACAUCUUUACCUAAUAUAAUGAAAUAUUAUAAGUAUGGUUCUAAUGUGCCCUUCAAUUUCAUGUUUGUGACUGGCUUGAAUAAUCGCUCAAGAGCAAUCGAUUUCAAGCGUAGUAUUGAUGGCUGGCUUAAUAGUAUUCCUAAAGGCGAUUAUAUAGCUAAUUGGGUAGUUGAUAAUCAUGAUAAUCCACGAACUGCAACUCGAUUUGGAACAGCAAGAGCUGAUCAAACUUCAAUGCUUGCUGCAAUUCUUCCGGGGCUCGGUGUGAUUUUUAAUGGAGAUGAAAUUGGUAUGGAAGGACUUGAUAUCCCAUGGGACCAAACAGUUGAUCCACAAGCUUGUUACGCUGGACCUGAUAGAUAUAAGGCAGUUACACGUGACCCUGAAAGAACUCCUUAUCAAUGGGAUAAUACCUUGAGUGCUGGAUUCUCAACUAAUAAAACUACCUGGCUACCAGUUAAUCCAAAUUAUAAAACACUCAAUCUAGCUGAACAAAAAAGAGUACAGUCACCUACAUCUCAUUAUCAUAUUCAUAAAAAACUUAUUGCACUGAAACAACAUCCAGUUGCUAAAAGCGGAAGCACAGAAGUGAUUUUAGUCACGGAAAAUAUUCUAGGUGUUGUACGCAGACUACCAAAUGCAUCACCACUUGUUUUAUUGAUCAAUUUCUUAGACCAGCCAAUUAAAGUAGAUGCAAGUGCUUGGAUGAAUAUUCCACAAGAUAUGACUGUUUAUGUUGCUAGUAAUAGUUCUGGCAUUCCAUUUGGAGUUCAUUUAGAUACUGCAGCACUCAAUUUACCAGCCUCUGCCUCAGUAAUUUUAACUUAAUUGUUAUUUAUGUUACUAUCUCUUGCUGUAGAAAAAUGACGCAAUAAAAAAAACAUAUGCAUUACAUAA